CCGUUUUCUCUCAAUUCGUCGCCGACUUCCCGCAGGGCGGAUGGAAGACGGCGCCGACUUCCAGCGGCGCGCGCUGCGAGAAGCCUUCGGCGAUUCCUCCGACAGCGACGCCGACUCCCCCUCCGCCGCCGACUCCAGAGGAGGAGGGGGAGGAGGAGGAGGAGAACGCGAUCGCGCGAGGUGGGAAAUGGUGGAGGGGGUGAAGGGUUUGUGGCUCUGCCCUAAUUUCCUCUCGCCAAAAAACCAAUCCUCGCUUUUGUCGGCCGUAAAUCGAGAAGGAUGGUUCAGUGAUGAUGCUCACAAUCAGGCUAUGAGAUUUGGGGAUUUUCCAGAGUGGGCUACUGAACUUACUAGACUUGUUCGUGAAGCUGUGUGCGUUAGUGAGAUAAGUAGCAGGGCAGAUCAAGAAGCUUGUCCUUUGCCGUUAGAUUUGCUGUGGAGGGAACCACUUUUCGACCAACUUAUUGCAAAUGUUUAUAAGCCAGGUGAGGGAAUCUGCGCGCAUGUUGACCUGAUGCGGUUCGAGGACGGGAUCGCGAUAGUCUCCUUAGAAUCCCCAUGCAUAAUGCAUUUCACGCGGCCUACGACAGACAUGGAAGUCGGCACAACCGCAACCCUAGAGGAAGAUCGUGAGCUUACGAAGAGAGUCCCUGUUUUGUUAACCCCGGGCUCGUUGGUUCUCAUGUCGGGGGAAGUGCGGUAUCUGUGGAAGCACGAGAUAAACCGGAAGCCGGGGAAUCAGGUGUGGGAAGGGAAGGAGAUCCAGCAGGGCAGAAGGACUUCUGUCACCUUAAGAAAGCUCUGCCCAUCACCACCCAGCUGAAUGUCAAAAAAACUCCAAUCCCUAAUUUCUGCCGAGUGCGACAUCGCGGUCUUUGCUGUUUCCUCUCUUCUCAAUUAAAAUUCUAUGCCGGUACGUUCUUAUUAUUAUCGGUUAGCUUGUCAUGCAUUCCGUUGGUUUCUGUAGUUUGGUAAAAUAGAAGUAAUUGAAUAAUUUAUAUUCCAUGCAUCAAGUGAAAUUACUUUUAGUUACUGAAUUUAUGAUGAAUAAAUACUAAUGAGAGUUUACCAUUGAAAUCAAGGAUUUUCUAA